AUGGCUCCCUCGUCGUCCAAGCAGAAGCGUCUCGAGGCCAAGGCCGCCAAGGCCAGCAGGAACGCUAGCAAGGCUGGCUCGCUCAAGAGCACUCCCGCCGCCAGCAUUGCUGGCGACACCCCCGCCAUCUCGGCCAACGGCUCGUUCGCUGACCUGAACGAUGCCCAGGCCCAGAUGCGCAAGCUCAAUGUUGCCACCAACCGUAGCGCCAACGGCGUCCUCGUCUCGGACGCCAAGGGUCGUGACAUUAAGAUCGACCAGUACACGCUCUCGUUCCACGGUCGGUUGCUGGUUGAGGGUGCCGAGCUCUCGCUCAACUACGGACAGCGCUACGGUCUUCUCGGCGAGAACGGUUCCGGCAAGACGACCUUCCUCGAGUCGCUCGCCAACCGCGACGUCGAGAUCCCCGACCACAUUGACAUCUACCUUGUCCAGGGUGCCGCCGAGCCCGAGGAGAUCACCGCUGUCGAGUACAUUGUUCGUUCCGCCAAGGAGAAGGUCGAGCGCCUCGAGAAGCUCGCUGAGGAGAUGGCUGUCGCCGACGAUGUCGAUGAGCUCGCUCUCGAGAUGAUCUACGAGGAGCUUGAGGAGAUGGACCCCUCGAUGUUCGAGGCCAAGGCCGGAGCCAUUCUCUCGGGUCUCGGUUUCAACAAGGCCAUGAUGGCCAAGCCUACCAAGGACAUGUCCGGUGGUUGGCGUAUGCGUGUGUCGCUCGCGCGUGCUCUCUUCAUCAAGCCCCACCUUCUCCUGCUCGACGAGCCCACCUCGCACUUGGACCUUGGCGCCGUCGUCUGGCUCGAGGCGUACCUUGCCACCUACAACCACAUUCUCAUCCUCACGUCGCACUCGGCCGACUUCAUGGACACGGUGUGCACGAACAUGAUGGACCUCACGCCCAAGAAGAAGCUCGUAUACUACGGUGGUAACUACUCGACCUACCUCCGCACCAAGGCCGACAACGAAAUCAACCAGAUGAAGGCCUACAACAAGCAGCAGGAGGAGAUUGCCCACAUCAAGAAGUUCAUCGCGUCCGCCGGUACCUAUGCCAACCUCGUCAAGCAGGCCAAGUCGAAGCAGAAGAUUAUCGACAAGAUGGAGGCCGCCGGUCUCAUCGAGAAGGUCGAACAGCCCAGGCUCCUGCGCUUCGACUUUGAGGAGGUCAAGAAGCUUCCUCCUCCCAUCAUUGCGUUCAGCGACGUCGCGUUCUCGUACUCUGGCGAGAAGAAGGACUACCUGUACAAGGGCCUCAACUUUGGUAUCGACAUGGAUUCGCGUAUCGCCAUUGUUGGUGACAACGGUACUGGCAAGUCGACUCUGCUCAACCUGAUCACUGGCGACCUCAACCCAGUGGAGGGCACUGUCCAGCGUCACGGCCAGCUCAAGCUCGCCAAGUACUCGCAGCACUCGGCCGACCAGCUGCCAUUCGACAAGUCGCCUGUCGAUCACAUCCAGUCCAAGUUUGCGGAGAAGUUCCCCGACAAGGACCUCCAGUUCUGGCGCCAGUGCGUGGGUCGCUUCGGCCUCUCGGGUGCCCACCAGACCAACCCCAUCAACAUGCUUUCGGACGGUCUGCGUAACCGUGUCUGCUUUGCCGAGAUCGCCCUCGAGCACCCCCACGUCAUCCUCUUGGACGAGCCGACCAACCACCUCGACAUGGCCUCCAUUGACUCGCUCGCGUCAGCCAUCAAGCAGUUCUCCGGCGGUGUCGUCAUCGUGUCGCACGACUUCCGUCUUAUCUCACAGGUCGCCGAGGACCUUUGGGAGGUCAAGGACAAGCAGGUCAUCAACCUCACCAAGGAGGAUAUCUCCAUUGUCGACUACAAGCGCACGCUCCAGAAGCGCUCUCAGGCCCAGAUCGAGAAGGCGCAGCUCCUCUCGAAGAACACCACCAAGGGUGUGGCCUAA